AUGAUUUUGCAUUUCGUGGGGGGAGGACUGUUUUGUUUACUAACAGUCCUCCUCCCUGUCAGCUCCACUGUGAGCUGCACAGCACAGUUUCGGGCUGUGCACAGCACAGCCAUCCAGAGCAGUGUGAUUACAGUGAAGCACACAGACACAGCCCCCUAGUAAAACACUCCCUACACACAGUUAACCCUUUGAUUGCCCCACAUUAACCCCUUCCUGCCCAGUGCCAUUAGUAAAGUGGCAGUGCUUUUUUUUUAGCACUGAUCACUGUAUUGGUGUCACUGGGGAUGUCAGUGAUACCAAGUCAGUUCCCCCCACUGUCAGAAUGUCCGCUGCAGUCCUGCUAUAA